ACAGCAGUAGAUAACCGAUAGCUGCCUUAUGGAGCAUUGACCCCUGCAUGCACACUACAGGGAGGCUGUAGCUCUUGUGGGACUACUAGGUGGAGCAUGCCCUCUAGUCGGGCAUACAGGGAUUUCAUUUGCUGCUCAGGCUGCCUAAGCUUGCUGCAGUGCAUAUAUGUACAGGCAAUUGGCAAUGAUCCUUUGCUGUUGGUCACUAUGGCAUACCUAACAUUAGCAGAGAGAGCGGACGUAACGCCGGGGUGACCUGACACUGCCUGUAGCUACAGUAUCUCUAACUACUGAUAGAUGUUCUGUGCAAGAAAAGUAUGGAGUUAGGAAAGGGCAAACUCCUGAGAAGUGGUCUCAAUGCUUUGUACCAAGCCAUCCACCCCGUGCACGGUUUAGCCUGGACAGACGGCAAGCAGGUCAUCCUGACCGCCUUACACCUACAAAAUGAAGACCCCAAGUUUGGCAACUCUGUGGUGAUCGGGCAGUUUGAACAUGUUCAUGGACUCUACUGGGGCCCAGCACACUCCGGUGACAUCCCAGCUCUGCUGGCUGUUCAGCACAAGAAACACGUUACCGUCUGGCAACUGUAUUAUAAUAACACAGAAAAGAACAAGUUGGUUGUUUCCCAGACAUGUGAAGUCGGGGAUCCCCUCCCCGUGCUCCCACAGGGCUGUGUGUGGCACCCAAGAAAAGACAUAUUGGUCAUUCUAACAAAACAGGAUGUCUCGGUCUUGUAUUCUGCCCGGACCGACAAUGCCAGUGUUAAAGCAGACAUUAAAAGCUCGGGUGUUGUGCACUGCGCGUGCUGGACUAAAGAUGGAAGCCGUUUGGUGGUGGCCAUCAGCAGUGCACUUCACUCCUACAUAUGGGACAGCAAGAACAAAGUGCUAAACGCUUGUACUUUUUGCCCUAUAUUUGAUGUUGGUGGAUACAUUUGUGCUAUCGAAUCAACUGUUGAUUCCCAAGUGGCCGUGGCCACGGAACUUCCUCUAGAACGGUUAUGUGCGUUAAAUGCCGGCAUCGCAUUCGAUGUUCCAGCCGCUUCCGAAAUCUCGUUCUCUGCCCAACCUGCCUUGCUGCUCAUGGAUGAAGAGUUCUCUCUAGACGUUGGGCGAAAGUCAACAGACUCUGGGACUUCUUUGUCCACAGAUUCUCCCAUUACGUCUCCGGGAACUUUGGAUCUAACCCACAUCUUGGUUAACCAAAAAUCUGACCUUAGCCCACUACUUAACUUGAAGCGCAAGGACUAUAUAACCGGCAGUGGGCAGGACUCCUCUCACCUUAUCCUUGUGAACUUUGAGAAAAAAGUGACCUCCACACGGAAAGUGAGCAUCCCUGGGAUCCUAGUCCCAGACAUGUUGGCCUUUGACCAAGGGGCCCACAUUGUGGCUGUUGCAUCCAACACAUGUAGCCAUGUCCUUGUGUAUUCAUUAACUUCCACCAACAUGCCCAAUAUACAGCAAAUCCAACUGGAGAAGAACGAGCGGCCGAAAGGCUUGUACUUCCUGACGGAAAAAAUGUUACUGGUGUUGGUGGGAAGACAGAAAACGUGUGAUCCAGCGUUUCUUCCAUCCUCCAGCUCGGAUAAAUAUAUCAUCCGUUUGAUGGUGAAAGAAGUCAUGUUUGACGAAGACUCCUCCACUUCUUCCACCGAUAUUCCAAGUGCACAUUCUAGCUAUGACUCCUCCAUGAUCCCACAUGGGAAGAAGAAAUAUGUGAAUAGCUUCUUCAAAGAUGAGCACCCUCCGUUUGACAUAUUGAUCCCUGGGAGCACCGCCGGUCGCCAUAUGCUCAGCAAAAAGCAGCUCAUUGAGGAGAUCCGAAGCUACAACUGCGAUCAAAGUCUAACAUCUACCGCAAGUGACUUUGAUGAUAGAAGGAACUCAAUGCCAGUGCACAAAUUGGACACCGAGCCUAAGAACCGGGCUGUGUCCCUGGGCCUGGAGGCGCACCGCAAGCCAGCUAGUAGGCCAACGUCACCUAAACUUGAGUACCAGUCAAGCCACAAACCACCCAGUUUGACGAAGAACUGCACCCCGCUCCCUGGCCAAGACAUUCAACACAUGUCCCGGAACCUGGAGCGACUCUGCUGCAACAUGGCGAAUCUGCAGCAACGGCUUCUGGAUCUAAAUGACAUGGCGCAAAACGGAAGAAAGUCUUAUUUGUCAUACCCCUCUGUGAAGGAGUCUCCGUAUGUGACCAUAAUAUGCCAGUACCGCUCGGACUGCCCUCCGGUAAGGAAGUGUAUCCUGCUGUGCGACAACAAGCUGCGGCUCCACACCCUGCAGGAACUCUUCUGUCUGUCGUUGGUAGAGAUGCAGCUGGGUUCCUCUUGUUGGAUCACUCUGACGGCAGACAGCGAAGGCUUCAUCCCUUUAACAUUUUCAGCCAAUCAGGAACUGUGUAUAAGAGAUGCCAGGAGCUCACCGCGCUCGCUGCUGAGUGCAGACAGCGCGCAUAACGCAGAGCCCCCCAGCAGAAUCACUUAACGUGGGCUGUCUGCGCUGAGCCUGCUGGCUGUGACGUUUAACGGUGUACUGGACUUGGGGCUCUAGCGCCACCUCUACAGGAUAAUCUAUUUAUUUCCAAAAUAUAUAUAUAAAAAAAUCUUAAGAAAUUCAGAAUGUGCUGUAAAGCCUAAACGAAGGAAUCCUCAUUAUUACCGCCGGUGCUGCCAGGAUGUUGUCCCAGCGUAAGGGAUGUAACGUCUGAGAUCACUUGGACACGGAGCCUGAGAACCGGACGUACAAGAUAUCCGCAAACAUGGUGACUAUCACAGAGAACAGCGGGGGAUCCUACGCGAGAACUUUGCCCCUUUUUAUAGAACCUUAUCAGUGUUUGUACUGUGGUGAUUUUACUGACACUCGUCAGUGUUUGCAGUAUUUAUCUUUAGACAUGGGAGUGCUAUUUAACAUGCAUGACGUAUGUUUUGUUUACAGAAACCACACGCAUGUUCCUGAACUGAAUGUACUUGCAGACUACAUGCUGGGAGACGGUCAGCUGCUGUUACUUUAUGACUAAACCUGUGGCCACAGAGCAAAAAGCAUCCUUGGACCAGCUGCGUGCCUCGAUUUGAGCAAGUGUUCCUAGAUUUCCGUCAAUGAGGUUUGGCAGAGCAAGACGGGUACGAGAUUAUUGAGGGUGGUGAUGCACUUUCAUUGGUAUUCCAGGUGUUUGGAUUGGUAUAAGUCCAUUUCUGUUCCUUAGCAGUACUUGAAUUUAGCACCACCUGUGAGAAGGCAGAGGUCAGAUAUCAUCCUGUACGGUUAGUGGGACAUGUUGUGUGCCUGUUUGUUACACUACGGUGGAGAAACGCGUUCCAAGCAGUGUAAUGAAACGCGCCACACACAUUGCUAACUGUAAUGACGUCUCAUGAAAAUUAAGUGUAUUUUAUUAAAAGGGUAGUAGUAGUAAAGGUGUAAUAGGAUUAAAUCCCUACAAAGUGCUUUUCUUCAAAUGUCUCCACCUCUCCACACAUGGAGGCACAUGUUCACUUGGCAUAUCGAGGCACGCGGCACAAAAUCAAGGUGGGUGUGAUUGCUUCGUAAAAUAAUUCUAGUGCAGGCAACCAAGUUAUACCCAGUAUUAUUUAAGUGCAUGCAGACUAUUCCGUUUACUAGGGCCUAGAAUGGUCAUUGAGUUAUGAGGCACUUUGUGGCUUAUGCCUCAGUAAUGUCACUCGUUUCUAGGUAACUGAUUUCUGUUGUCAUGAAUGUAGAGUUGUCAUAUAAGUUAAUUUUAAUUAGAUAAAGUCUGGGUAAUCAACAGAUAUGGCGGCCUGACCCAGCCCAUCUGGGAGAGAAUUCCUUUACGUCUGACCCUAGCACUGAUUUCAGGCCUUGAUGGAUUAACCAAAAUAAAACCACCAUCUUGCAGCUCUUGGUUUAUGGAGCUCACGUUAAAAUCACUCAGGAGUUCCAGAGCUGAUCAGUGUCUCCUGGGUGAAAUUGAUUGGAGUGUCUGAAUAGGUCCCCUGUCUGGAACUACUGGCUAUGUACCGCACUGUGUGAUAGACAAUCUUUCAUGUUUGCGAGCUCACUGCCAGCACCGCGGCUAAUGUACCCCAGACUUGGGGCCAAAUGUAACAGCAUGCAGGUUGCAGAAAUUGCCAAGAUUUUGCCGAUUUACAGUAGUUGCUGAUUUAAAGCAGCAAUAUUUUGAAAGGCAAAACAUUAAAAAUUUCUGCUUUAAAUCUGGCAGGCAAAUUGCUGAAAUCUCUGCACUUUCCGCAAUCUGUACGCUCCUGGGGUCUGUAGUUCACCGUGGGGACAAGAAUGGUCAUAAUUGCAGUUUAAUCACAAAUACAAAUGGGCUUCAGACUGCCCAGCCAGAGUUAGCAGGUAAAAGGACAGCGGUGAUUGUGGCGCUGAUUGUACGCUCUGGAAUUGUGCUGUCAUUUGUUAUGUGAAUAACAAUAUAUCCACUAUGAGAAUGUAACUGAAUGUACUCGUCAUGUAAUGAUUUUCUAAUUUGGAUAUUUGCUGUCUUCCGAUCCAUGUCUUCUGAUCAUUGACCCCCUGGGGGCAGUAUGGUGCGGUUCUUGACUCUAGUUCACAAAUAAAGCUGGCUUAGAGUGAGCUGUGCCCAACCCACCAUGUUGUCUGUAUUGUAAGAGUGCAGCCUAUCUGCUCACUGGGGACAUCACGGAGGACACGAACAUGAAAAUGUGUUCCCAUGAGCAGGAAAUGUAUAAAUACAGUUGAGAUCUUCUAUCGUUGGGUACAUUUCUCCAGCAAUUGGGGGACACAAGCCAUAGGUCACUUCUAGGAAGCUUGUCACUGCAAUGAACAGGCCCCUCCUCCCUUUAAAUCUCCAUCCCCUUGCUUCACUCUGAUGAAGGUCUGUUGUAGGCUGAAACAGUCAUCGGAUAUGUGACCACAGUUGUGUUAUAUGUCAGCAAUAAAUAUGAUGAUUAUAAUUAUAAA